UAUGGUGUUGCGUUGACGAAACAUAAACUAAACUGCGGCGUAUGCAAGAUUCUCGCAGUUGUUCGCCCAGCGUGUUUUGUUUGUUUAAACCAGCAACGGUACGCGACAACCCGUACACCUAGAUACAUUUACAUUUGCUCCACAGCAUUGGCAGUUACAGCAUGGCAGAGGAAAAGGGACUCAGCAAGUUAAAUGCGAUUUUAAUCGUCGCAUGUGCAUUUUGGGUAAACGCGAUGGUGAUGGGCCCAACUAAAUCAACGGGGGUGUAUUUCCUGCCGUACCAACAGAACUUCAAAGCAAACGCCCAGCAAGCUUCUUUAGUGUCUUCGCUUUUGUAUGGAUUUUAUUUCUUUGCAGGUCCACUAGCUUCGAUAUCAUGUCAUUUGAUCGGAUACAAAUAUACUUCAAUACUUGGCAGUGUUUUGGCUUCAGUAUCUGUCGCAGUUUCUUGCUUAUCACAAACGAUGGAUGUUCUAUUUGUAACCAUGGGUGCUCUAUUUGGACUCGGGUCAUGCUUAGCAAUGACGCCAGUCUAUGCGCUACUUGGUCAAAUAUUCACCGACAAAAGACCUCUGGUAAAUAACAUCGUUACGAUCGGAAGCGCUGUAUCUGGUAUACCGUUAAGCUUAACUGUGCAAUUGUGGCUUGAUGAAUACGGGUUGGCUGGCUCUAUGUUGCUCAUGGGCGGCGUUCUUCUCAAUUCUCUUCCAGCAAUAUUAGCGCUGAUGAUUAUGGGAGAGAAAACAAACGUUUCCAUGUCGGCAGCUAAAAAGAAAGUGUUUGACUUUAACAUCCUAAAAAACUCAGGGUUUACUUUUUUCUGCCUCGCCUCGGGACUACAUGUUGCGUCCACCGUCACCUUGUGUUCUUACUUGAUACGUUUUGCUCAAUCAAUUGGAAUAGGGAAUUAUGAAGCAGCAAGUCUUUCGUCGAUAAUGUCGGCGAUAGACAUUUGCCUUCGACCGAUGACAGGUUAUUUGACAAGUUUAUCCCAUAUUGGAAACUUUCAAAUAAACCGUUUCUACGUUAUAAUAUGGAGCCUCAUUCUACAGUCAGCUGUCACAUUGAUUUUCCCGUUUGCGACAAACUACGCUGCAAUGAUCGCUGCAACAAUAGCCUUUUCCAUAUGUGCAGGGGCGACUGGUGCACUGCCUAUUACACUGCUUGCGGAAUUAUUCGGCAGUGAAAAUCUUGCAACUUCAUUAGGACUUCGUUCAAUGUUCGUCGGUGUGUUUUCAUUUGCCACGCCACCCCUCGUGGGAAUGGUAGUGGACGCCACCGGAAGUUACGUUUACCCCUUUUACGUCAGUACCGCUCUGGCCUUAUUGUCAAGCAGUAUGUUUUAUUUUGUAUUCAGGUGCUGUGGUAUAACGGACGAUGCUACCAGUGAUAUUGUAACGACAUAACUAAACUUUUCUAUUUUAUAUUUUAAUUAUAAAUUGCAAUCAACAAGCAAAAAUGCAUAUAAGUUUUCUAUACACAAUCUCUAUAUAGUAGGGUGGGGGAAGAUAGGA